UGUGUUUCACUAGCAGCAGCAGCUCAUCCUUCUUUUAUUCUGGCUCCCUUUCUUGUAAUCACGAGAGUCUCACCUGCUUCAAGUGGUACAGUUGUCUGAAUGAAGUGUUUCAUGAUACAGCAUGUGACUGGUCUGUGAGGGGCGUCGCAGCAUGGUGGGCGGAGCACUCUUUCAGGACUGGAGGCGGGGCCUACAAUGAAGUCUGAGCUGUGAGUCGUUUGAAAGCACGCAGAAAAGUUUUGUUUCCAUCCAGAGGAAAGGUCGGCUCGUUCCACAGCGCCAGGCACUUGUUUGGAUUAUACACAGACAGGCUUGUGGGGAAGAGAAGAAGGACGGAGAGAGCGAGGUGCCACAAGUCCUCCCAGCUGGUGUGUGUGAGGGAAAGCGAGUAGUGAGCGCUGCGGGAUUGAGCAAUGGGGAGAUGGAGCUGCACGUUUCUUGUCGCACUCGCUACAUUGCUGCUGGGCUCGGCUACCGAGGAGGUUAUCCCCAGGCUCACGUUACCGUACGGUUCACCGGAGAGAAACUUUAAAACAUUUGAGGCAGAUGGAGCGACUUAUUACACAACUCUACUACUGAGCAAAGAUGGAAACAUGCUGUAUGUUGGGGCUCGAGAGACCUUAUUCUCACUCAAUAGCACUGACUUCAUGUCUACUGAGUAUCACUCAAAAAUUACAUGGCAGGCAGAUGAGGAAAAGAAGAAAGAAUGUGCUUUUAAGGGGAAAGACCCACAGAGAGAUUGUCAGAACUACAUAAAGAUCCUCCUGCAGCUGAAUAGCACACACCUGUACACUUGUGGGACCUUCGCUUUCAGCCCUACCUGCACCUACAUUAAAAUCAGUGAUUUCUCUCUGGAAAAGAAUGCUUCAGGGCACCCAGUUUUAGAAGAUGGGAAAGGGAGGUGUCCUUUUGACCCAGAAUAUAACUCUACAGCCAUCAUGGUUGAUGGAGAGAUGUAUGCUGGCACCGUCAAUAACUUCCAAGGGAAUGAACCCAUUGUCUACAAGAGCCACGAAAGCAGGAUAACUCUGAAGACUGAGAACGCCCUGUACUGGCUGCAGGACCCUGCUUUUGUUGGUUCAGCGUAUAUCCAGGAGAGCCUGCCCAAAGGAAAUCUAGUGGGUGAUGAUGAUAAGAUCUACUUCUUCUUCAGCGAAACUGGGAAGGAAUUUGACUUCUUUGAGAACACUAUUGUUUCUAGGAUCGCCCGGGUGUGCAAGGGAGACCUUGGAGGUGAGCGUGUCCUGCAGAGACGCUGGACAACUUUCCUGAAAGCUCAGCUCAUUUGCUCCUGCCCUGGUGAUGGUUUCCCCUUCAAUGUUCUUAAAGACAUGUUUGUACUAACACCAGGGGAAGAGCACUGGAAGGACACCAUUUUUUACGGAGUUUUCACGUCACAAUGGAACAAGGGAGGAGCAGGCAGCUCUGCUGUGUGUGCUUUCUCUAUGGACGAAGUGCAGAAUGCCUUCAACGGGCUUUUCAAAGAAGUCAACCGUGAGACCCAGCAGUGGUACACCUACACCAACUCUGUACCGGAGCCACGUCCUGGAGCUUGCAUUACCAACAGUGCAAAGCACAGGAAAAUCAAUUCCUCUCUGCAUAUGCCUGACCGAGUCUUGAACUUCGUCAAGGAUCAUUUCCUGAUGGACAGUGCCAUAAGGAGCCAGCCCUUGCUGCUGCAAUCCCAAAUUCGUUAUAAGCAGAUCAGUGUGCAGCGAGUCAAGGGCCUGAAGAAAACCUAUGAUGUCUUGUUCUUGGGAACAGAUGAUGGCAGAUUGCACAAAGCCGUGAGUGUAAAUAAAAUGGUUCACAUUAUUGAGGAGAUCAAGCUUUUUCAGGAUAUGCAGCCAGUACAAGAGCUUCUGUUAGAUCCCAGCAAGGGCCUCCUUUAUGCCUCUUCACGUUCUGCGGUGGUACAAGUUCCAGUAUCUAACUGCAGCAUGUACAGGAGCUGUGGGGAGUGCAUCCUCUCACGCGAUCCUUAUUGUGCUUGGAGCAAGAAAGGUUGUCACCGUGUCCCCCAUCACGCACAUGACCCAAAAAACCAACACUGGGUUCAAGAUAUAGAAGAUGCAAACACAGAUGCACACUGCAAACAUAACGGCACAGAAGCUGUGGGCCGUGCUGCCAAGCCUUAUGAAUUGGAGUGUCAGAAAAUCUCAAUGGAAUUGAAUCCAGCUAAUACACUGCCUUGCAAGCUCUUAUCAAACUUGGCAUCACGUGUAUGGCUGCACAACGGGAAAGAAAUAGACUCUUCAUACUUUGUAUUGCCCAGCGGUGACCUGAUUCUAGUUGGUACCCCUGACAGGGCAGGAACAUAUGAGUGCUGGUCGGUGGAAGAGGACUUCAGGAAGCUAAUGGUGAGGUAUUGCGUAGGGGCACAAGAAGGGAUAAAGGCUACUACCCAAAGAACAGAAACUGAAAGGCUAUUUCCAAAAUUCAGUGUGAUUGAAAAUAUUGUCAACGCCUCAUCUGUUUCCUCAUCAUCUGAGAGCCAUUCUGCAAAGCUGACGGGAAAGUCUUACUGGAUGGAGUUUGUAAUUAUGUCUACAUUGUUCGGUGUAAUGGUUGUCAUUUUAGGCCUUUUGCUCUUGUACAGAACCCGUAAAGAAAUGAAGACUAUUUUGAAGCCAGCGGAACAUUCUGAUAAGCCGCCCAAAAAGCUCCGUAAAAACGGAAUGCCUGCAGAAAGCUUGCCUCUAAAUGGGACCAAUGUGCCCAGUCCAGCAGCCGAUCACAAAGGCUAUCAGACUCUAAAUGACAACUAUAUCAUCAACACACCUGUUCAUGACACUGUCAUCGCAACAGAAUCGGAAAAAAGGCCAUUAAGUAUCACAAGAGAAACUUAUGUUGAGGUAUCUCCUGCUUGCCAAAGACCCAGGGUACGUCUGGGCUCAGAAAUAAGAGAUUCUGUGGUGUGAGAUGCAUACAAACAUUUUCAUUCCUCUUGUAAGGAAAAAAACAAAAAGACAAUCUAAACCUACAGUCUGUGUUUCAAGGUGUGACAUGCAAAACCUUUUCUAUGUGUGCAUGCUAAAGGACUCUGUCUUGGAAUGAAACCGUUUUAUAUUCCCAGUGUUACUUGGGUUUUACUGUUAAACAAUAAGCACAAAGUCAUAUGAAAGCAUUGUGCUCUCGCUCAGUCUUCCAUUUCAUGACUGCUCAACUCCAUCGUUACCAUACUUGAUACAAAGUGGGACUGAAAGCAUGUUGUUUCUUACAGCACAUUGAGUACGUAAAAGCAAGCAAGCACCUUGGUAUGGAUGAUGAUAUGGUGGAGAAGUGCUGGAGUCACAUCUGGACCUGCUUCUUUGGUGCCCAGAAAGACUGAGAUCUACCAAUGUUCUUCCUGGUACUGAGGUGCACAGUAAUGAGGGAACCUGAAGAAUGCUGUGAGCCGGUGUCGGUGACCGCUGCAGAUGGACAGGGCCAUCAGAUUGGCACAAAGCGAUUACACAACAAAGCUCACACAAUCCAUCGUCAAGGCCCAUUUAUCUAUAUGGGAAGCAGAGAAAGUUCAACUGACUUUUUUUGUGUGCUGUUCAGUAGCGAUCACGCUAAUACCGCAUUUGCAAAAGAAUAUGUAACCUGGCGGUAGUGUUUAUGAAGCACAUAAAACGGGCAAUGCCCAAGUGAGCAAGUGAAUUAAGUGUCCUGCUUCUUGGGACCCCAAAUAAUGGAGAACUACAACUUGCAGAAUUCCUUGAUUGUUUGUUGAAUGUUGCUGGGAGUUGCAAGUUGAAAGCAGAUUUGAUACAGCCCUCACUCAUUUGCAAAUAAUCCUCAAUAGUUUUCUCUCAAUAAUAAAAAAAAAAAAAGUUCAUUUGUAAA